AUGCCGAGGACUGUCUCACUUUCCACCGACCACCGCGGCCAAGGAAAAUGGCGGACCCAGCAGAUGGGUUGGGGAGAUGAAGCUGUAUCGCGCAUUCCAGCAAGACUUCGCAUUACCAGCCGCAACAGAAUCACUCCCUUGGGCAGAAACAACAAAAGGUCGGGAGGCGGCGCGUCUGCUAGACUCGAUGGUGGUCUCGCAUCAGAUCCCGGCAGCUCGACACCAGCCUCGCCAACCACCGACCUAUCCCCUCCAUUCGUUAGGGCCCUGCUCCUCUCCCGUGGAGGCAGCGGGGCGCCUGCGGAGCCCCCAUCUGGGGAGUCCUUCUCACUGAUGCAGGUCCGGAACGAAAAUUACGUUCCAAGCGACGGCCAAAACUCUUCCUGCGGCCUCGAGGCCAUGUUGAGAGCGUAUGCCAAGUAUCAUGUGCCUCUUACCGCCGAGUUGAGCACAGCCAUCCGGUUGAACGUGGGCCUCGCCGGUGCAGUCAACAAACGUGCCGGAACAGCUACGGGGACAGUAGCCGCGAGCCCGCCUCCAAUAGGCUACGAUCUUGAAUACAUCACCCCUGUCAAGAUCGGGACCCCUCCACAGACCAUCAAUGUUGUCCUUGACACUGGCUGGGUUAUGAGCUCCGACACGCCCUCGAAGCAGAGAACGACCCAUGCCAUCUACAGGCCCGGCCGGUCCAGCACGGCGCGGCGCGUGUCGCGCACGACGUGGAACAUCGGCUACGGCGACGGCUCGGGUGCGGGCGGAAUCGUGUACCGGGACAAGGUCAGCCUCGGGCGCGCGUCGUUUGCGCGGCAGACGGUGCAGGGGGCGCAGUGGGUGUCGGACAUGUUCACGCGCGACGUGCACAUCUCGGGCAUCAUGGGCAUGGGCAUGUCGAGCGGCUCGACGGUGCGGCCGAGCCCGGCCAAGACCUUCAUGGACAACAUGCGGCCGUCGCUCCGGCAGCCGCUCUUCACGGCCAACCUCAAGAAGGGCAAGGCGGGCAACUUCAACUUCGGCUACGUCAACCGGGCCGAGUACACGGGCGGGAUCGCGUACUCGGCGGCCAGCAGGUCGUCCAUCUACUGGGAGAUCACCGUGGACGGCUACCAGCUCGCCCCCGACGCGUACCAGCGGCGGCCGUGGCGCGCCAUCGUCGACACGGGCACGACGCUGCUGCUGCUGCCCGACGCCAUGGUGCGGGCCUACUACGCAAAGGUGCCGGGGACGCGGUACGACGCCGGAUACGCCGCGUUUGUUUUCCCCUGCAACGCCAGGCUGCCCGACUUCCGGUUCGGGAUCGGCGGCUACCGCGGCCUGGUGCCUGGUCGCUACAUCAACUACGGCUACAUCAAUCCCACCACCUGCUAUGGCGGCAUCCAGUCGUCCGAGGGCAUCGGUAUCAGCAUCUUGGGGGACAUCCUGCUUAAGGCGCAGUUUGUCGUGUUUGACCUGGGCAGGAUGAGGGUCGGUUUUGCGAACAAGAAGCUGGAGACGUGA